AUGGCUGUACAACGAGGUACGCGAGCAAGAAUGGCGGCAUUUAUGCGAGGACUGACAGUAUUUAAUGCCAGGGGCGGGAUUGUUUGGGCCCAUUUUAGGGCGUUUCGACAACUGCGGUGCUAUUCCGCAGCGGUUCUGAGCACCGAGCAUGUGAAGGAGGCGGUUAGUACAUCAGUCCCAAACUUACGGAGCUACCAGCAGCAGUGUAUUGACAAGUGCAUUGAAUACAUCACCAAGAGGAAUAAGAAGCGCAUUGGUGUAUCACUGGCCACCGGUGGCGGUAAAACUGUGAUCUUCGUGAACCUUGCACAACAGCUUAGAAUGAUCGCUGGGUCACGUGAUCAUACAACACUGAUAAUGCUACACCGCCGUGAGCUAGCACUGCAGGUAUGCAGCACAAUCAAGCGGUUCUUCCCUGAGCUCAACGUUCAGCUGGAAAUGGCUAAAUCGCACGCGGAUGUUCAGCAGGCUGACGUUAUUGUUGCGUCUAUGUAUUCUCUAAUACGGCGGCUAGAUAAAUACCCAAAGGAUUCGAUAAACUUGAUUAUUAUCGAUGAGGCGCACCAUGCUGCUGCAGACUCAUAUGUUGAGGUAUUACAGCAUUUUCGUGCUGAUACCAAAGAUACUGAGGUCCCUGUUGUCGGAUUUAGUGCAACGUUUGAGCGUGCGGAUCGCAAGGCGCUCUCCCGUGUGAUGGAUGAGAUUGUAUUCCAUAAGGGAAUUUUAGAAAUGAUAGAUGAAAAAUGGCUAUGCGAGGGAAAGUUUACUACAGUAGAUGUUAAUGUUGAUUUGUCUCGCGUGAUUGAGACUGGAGACGACUUCCAGCCCGCGAGCCUUUCCCGAGCAAUGAAUACGGACGCAGUGAAUAAAAUAAUACUGAAAACGUACUUACACAAACGUGCAAUGCAUAAUUUGAAGUCGACACUAUUGUUUGGUGUGGAUAUUGAUCAUGUUAAGUCCUUAUGCAAAUUAUUCCAACGACACGGUAUUGAAGCUCAGUACGUUACUUCGAAAACCAGGUUAUCAGAAAGAGACUCCAUAGUGCAGGACUUUCGUGCUGGCAAAAUUGAUGUUUUGAUGAAUUGCGGAAUUUUUACAGAAGGCACUGACAUACCGAAUAUCGAUUGCUUGUUGUUAUGCAGGCCCACAAAGUCUAGGACUUUGUUAGUGCAGAUGAUUGGUCGUGGAUUACGUCAACACCACACCAAAGACCAUUGCCAAGUAAUAGACUUUGUUUCAUCAUGCAAGGUUGGAGUUGUGUCUGUUCCUACAUUGGUUGGAAUUGAUGACUACGAUAAUAAACUAGAUGAUGCUACGAUACAGGACUUGAAGCUGAUGAAAGAUGAUAUAGAAAAAGAACAGGCUCUCAUAGAGCAAAACAAGGCUGAGCGUUUCCAACAAGAGGAGCUCGAGAAGGAACGCAUACAUAAUCAUGUCCAAGAGAACAUGGCUGAGUUGAGUGCCCUGGAUUUGACAUUGACAUCAUAUGAGGAUUUUGAAAGCUUUUACAAAGCCGCUGCAAGAGGAGAUAGCAUAAAUUUCGAUGAUAAGGCCCCCGGGAUAAAGGAAAUUGAACUACUCAUAAAUUCUUCAUAUCCGUGGGUUAGAAUUGGCAAACUUUCCUGGGCAUUAGAUCUCGGUUAUGGAAGUCAUUUGAGAAUCAAUAAGAAUAAGGGGGGUAAAGCAGAUGGCGGCCAGUGCGUUUAUGAACUAAAACUAUACAGGCGCGUUAGUAUACACCACCUACCGAUAAAAUUUAUUCCGCGUGUAGUCAGCGUCAGUCCAGAUAUUUAUGAAAUUAUAGCAUCGGUUGAAAAUAUAAUUAGAGAUCUAAAGAGUAAUUCAUCUUCUAGCUCUAUCUCUACGUCAUCAAGGCCGAGAAAUUUUACGAAAUACUCGACCUGGAGAAGAUUACCAGCCACUGAGCGACAAAAAUCGUCCAUAAGAUUGGCAAUUGCGAGAUAUUUUGGUAAGUUGUCUCCCGGAGAUCGAAACCAGCUUCCGGAAGAUAAAGUUAUAUCGAAAUACCUCUCUAGCAUCACCAGAGGCGAUGCAAAUAUGUUUCUUUUCAGCGUUAGCCUAGCCCCGGUUUUCUCCGUUUCUGUGCUUCUAAAAGCCUUGGCGACUAAAGCCAGCCUAAAUAGCCGUUACUUGUAA